GGUUCCAUGUCUUUUUAUUUGCUCUGAACACAUUUUCACCCACAGAUUCAUUUCCUUUGACAAGUUUAUCCUUUAGGUACCCCGCUUUAUCUAUGAAAUAGAAAGUGUCUUAAGCGUUCACGUUAUCUGUUUAUAAUACCGCGAGUAUUUUAUGGCGCGCUUGAAAUAUCUUUAUGAAGUUUUCUGUUUCCUUGUUUGCUUUUGGUAGCAGAAUUCUUAUGAGAACAUGGGAGCUGUUCACAAUGGAACUGAACAUCCAGCCUUGCUAUUCAAUAACACGUUCUUCUUUUUGUCUGUCUGUCGGAAGCACAUUAGAACAAAUUAGAACGUUAGGUAAAUGGCAUUUCUCACAACAUUGAUGUCUCAAUACUUCAAGAAUCUGAGAGCUCAUAAAAGCAAUGUUGGAACCUUUGUUCUCUGCAGACAAAAUCGCAUGUCAAGUGUCAUCAUUUUCCAUGAAUGAAACUGGCGGUCAGUUUGCAUGAAGUUUAAUUAGUUUUCCCCCAGUUCAUAAAACUGGUUUGACAGCCCAAGUGUGUGUUUUUCAUCUGAACCGGGCAUAAAUGACUCCGUGUUGACAACUCCGCUUGUCCAAUGCCACGCGUUCCAUAUAUUGUUGUCCAUGGACUUCAUCUGUGUGAAUAAAAACGAAUAAAAGUUAACACAUUGCCCGUACGUGUCAGCACAGGUGAAGGCAGGCAGAUUAAACAAUGCCACAUUUAUUACAAACGCGAAACAAUUUCAAUUCUUACUGUUAAUGAGAAAGCGCUUUAUCGUCCAGCCGGCUGAAAACCAAGGGAGUUUGUCCCACGCAAGUUUAAUCCUUCUUUCUAUUCGAACCUUGAUUCCUCCCUAAGCUUUUCAAUCAAGGACUGACCUUAAGAAAACUUCUUAACAAUAACAUAAGUCUCGAGGAAGUGCAAUAAUUGUAAAAAUUCUGUAUGUUCAUCCCGGGAACCCUUAGUAAAAUUUGGAAUAUUAAGGUGCUUAAUACCAAGGUUAAAGUUGUUGCUGUUCGUAUUGACAAAACUAUUACCUCUCAUGUACAUACACUUAAGGUAUAGAAUUACACAAGUCUGGCGAAAGGAAAUGAAAAAAAGAAAUCUAAUGAAUAAGGCUUUUUUUCAUCUUUAAAAUGCAGUAAUCACAUGACGGUGGCGAUAAAAAACCUUAACUUGAAGUGUACGUGCAAGCCACGGCAAGAGGUGAACUAAUCUCACAUAUCGGGCUGAAAAACUAUGCAAAUAUGAACGGAAAAGCAAUUAAAUUCAUUAUGAGACAACGUGGAUGAUAGCAGCUGGUUGAAUAUAUAGUCAAGGGAUAUCCUUAAAAAGAGAAUUUAUACCAAUAUUUUGCUUUUUGCUUCUUCAUCCAAGGAUUAAUUCAACCUGAACUUUUUACUCAAGUCCGAGGGUAAUAUUAUACAAUAAAAACCGAUCAUAACCUAUACUAGAACACUUUAUUGUAGUAGGGGGUUGUAACGUUUUAAACCAAGGAUAAAACCUUUGUGUGUGACCAUUCUAAUGAAAGUUACUGAGUAGUAGGUUCAUGUGGUCGUGUUUGUUUUACAGUACGAGGUGGUACUAGCUUGCACGUUUGUGUAACAAACCCCACAUAGGGCGACUGGUUCAUUCAAAUGAAUCAAGGCUACUUUGGGUUACAUUUUUGUGGCUUUGAUUGUUAUGCUGGGAAAGGUGGUUGGAAAUUUUAGCGUGUAAAUGAAAGCUCUCGAUCUGACCACGUACUGCCUUAAUUAAACUUUACAAAGUAUUCAGACUUUUAGUCUGUUGAUAAAACCUUAGUGUAUGUCAAUCAAAUGGAAGCUAGUCUGUUCAUUUGGUGCUUUUUUUCUUUUUACUGCACAAGAUGGCCCUAACUUUAUGUCUUUCGAUAAAACCCUAGCGUGAGACAUUCAAUUAAAAGCAAUUGGGGAAGUUCUCAUAUGGUAUUGUUCAUUACUGAAAACGAGGUUUCUCUAACUCUAAUACCUACAGGUUCGUGAGGAAAAUACUAAAGAUACAAAGAGUAGUAAUUUCGUGUGGUACUUUUGUAAUAUGCUGUGCAUGGUGGUUUUGUAAAUUUUAAGCAUCUGAAUGAAACCCUCCUCAGUGACCGAUUAGAAUGAUUUGUAACGAACAAUGCCUGCGCGGUGUAAGCAAAAGUAUCUCCAACUUUUGAGUUUUAGCUCAGAAUUAUUUUGCCAGGGCGUGAUCAUUUCAGUUGUAAAUUUUGAGGAGGUACUUUUGAAGUUUUUAAUUUUUUUUGUCAUUAAUAUUGUGUUUUUUUUAAAACUAGUUUGGAGGUUGUGAGCAGUCUGUUCAGAAGUAUGUCUUUCUAGACUCUAUUUUCUUUGACAGUUUCUUUUCUUGACAUAUUUUUUUUAUUAACUAUAGAAGUUUAUAUUUCCAUCAAAUACAACCCAUUUAUUGCAUACGUUAUGGAAUAAAAAUAAUUGAAACACCUGAGGACGACCGGAAAGCUUUCAAAAUCAUAUUGUGGGAAAUUAACUUUCAAAAACCCCUUAAAAUUAUUGGUGGAUCGCGCUCUAAAAAAAAGUUAAAAUAAAAAUUAACAGAAUGUUCACGCAAUUUAAUACGUGUCAGUUCCUUCCCGUCUGAUGGCUAAAAAUUCACAAAAACCCUACAAAAAUUUAUAUUCACAAAGGUGACCCUGUUCUGUUCUUUGUGUCGAACACGGGUCAUGGUGGCAGUGCAGUAAUAAAGGUACAAUGUUAGGGGUAAUCUGCGAUGAUUGGACCCUCAGCAAGUUGAAGGUUGAAACGUCAAAGUAUUUGUAAGUUUGGGACCACCCGCGUUGUUUUGAACAAAAGUUGAGCUUUAUUACAACACAGUAGCUGUCCAAUUCCUGACAGAUAAACGGGAAUAACUUUCUUGCUGUAUUCUGACCUAAAUAGCAGAUAACAAAAUACUAGAGGUAAUUACUUUCGCAACAAAACUAUAUCACAAGGCCUCUAUCUCGGAUGGAAUGACAGAUUUGUUUCGCAGUCGCGAUAAAUUGCUUCCUUUUAUUCCACGCCAAAAUUACUUUUGAUUAAAGCAUGCGACUUCUAGAUGAAUUUUUCUGACAGGAAGUAACGUGAAAAAUAUUCAUCCUCAAUCAUUUUCAUCCCCAGGAAACGACAACUCAAUUAGAAUAACUCUUGAGUACGACACCUGUGGGGUACAACGUAAUCCAAACUCGAGGCAUGAGAGAGUCCCCCGUUAUCAUUGAUUAGAUGUUGUCUUUUUCCCCAUCGCGGAUACGAAUGUAUGAGAUCCAGAAGGUAAGAUGUUGGCAGUUUUAGCAGAGCCCCUUUUGCCUUUCUUUGAAAUCAGUUCUUUCAAGAUCAUAGGACUUGUUAUAAGCACGGCUGGGACUAUACCACACCGCAGCCGGAUCUGGUUUGUUAUCUCAUUUGGUCGAUCAUCCCAAUCAGCUAUUUGAACGUUUGACAAAUUUGACCGAGUUCUUCAUUUGUAAUCUAUACAGGUGUAUUGUCUGUAAAAAAUUGCAUGGAUCCCUCAACAGACUCCUUAAAAUAGGUACAAGAUAACAAAGUUUAACUCACAUUUCAUUCCAUAAGCUCCACAGCAGAAGAACACCCUAAAAAAUUUUCAUGAAAAUGUUCGAUUUGGCGUAAGAGUUUCAGAUACUUAAGGGUUAUGAUUCAAGUGCUGUUAACGUUCUCAAUAUUUUGAGAAAAAUCCUUUUCAAUUAAAUUAUCAGAUAACUAAACAUACCCUACAUCUCUUAUACUCAUUCUUCAACAAUCCAGCAUGUGCGGUCUGUAUGCAUGGAUAUGCGACUCCGUUUAAAGUUUGUUUUGUUUUAAUUUUUUUACGCUUGAAUAAUUUCCGGCUGAAGUGAUAUCCCAGAGAGUGAAAACCUCCAAAUUGUUUCUGAGAAUUAGCAGGAGAGAUUUUACUACUUUCAGCUCAAACCAUUUAUAAUCACCGGCUCCCUCGAAGGGAUUUUCUAAUUACCAAGAGCCCAGACUUCAUUGUAAAUGAAACAAUUUGAGGUGGAAAUAGCAAAUAGAUUUAGUGUGAGGUCAAUCUUAUUUCGGAAGUUCAGACGGUAAGCCUUUAAUCUCCGAGCGAAAAAUGUACUUUUGGCAUCACCCUUCGCUCAUGCAGUGUCAAGAAAGCUUUUCGAAAACCAUAAAACACACUGAUUUGUUUGAGUUUAGCCAUAAAAGAUAUUUUGAUGACAAUAUCUGCUUCGUGUCAUGAUGAGGCGCCAAAUUGUUUUCCUAGUGCGUUCGGGUCAAAAAGUUAGUCCGGCCCACUAUUAAAACUAGAAAAGGCUCAGACAAGAGGCGUGGACUUGAUAAAGAGAACCUCAAAAUAAUUACCUGGCGUAAAUUCUCAUUUAACCGUUCUUUUCUGCACUGAGAUUUUAUCUCAAGCUUAUGGAGAGAUCACCGAGCUUGAACGAGGUUCUGGUUUGAAGAAAAAAGACUUGAAGACGUGGGAAAUGAUUCCGUGAUAUUUGCUAUCGCUGACAAAAUCAAAGUCAUCGCAAUUCUGCCCACUUGUCAAAAACGAUAGUAGAUGACGCCAAAGAGCUGUCCUUGUGACCUUUAAAGAUGAAACUGAGAUUUAGAUUAACAACGAAAAACGAGGUAACGAAAACAAUAACUUAAUUGAGUAAACUUCAUACUCCUCGAUGAACUGCUACCUCAACGACGAAUCGAACUGCAUGCAAAGAAGGUUUUUUUGGGGGACAAAAAUUUCUCUGGGUCGAUUCAUUGUGAUGUGCGGUCGAUACCAUCAGUGAAAUGAAACAUUGACAGAAACAGGGUCUAUACAUGCGCUGUUGAAGGUCACAGAAACAUCUUUGUCACUUUGAUAGUAAUCCCCCUAACAGGUAUUCAAAACAUUUGUGUUUUAUUGUAGAAAACCUAGAUGUUUGUUGAGGUCAAUGUGGCUGUUUCCUGUGUUUUGAGCCACAGUAGAUAUGCUGAUGUCCUACGACAUUUGCAAACAUUGACAAGACCGCACGAUGCUUGGCAGGCCUUAAUUAUACGAUCUGUCAUAUCUUGGAACAUUCACAGGGUUUGUGCACCUUACAAUCGGAAAAAUAAAUAGCGUAGAAGCUUACUUUAGUGUCAAGAAACAGUCCGAGAGGUCUUGAAAAUCAGGACCACCCCCACAGUUCAUUAAAUAGUAAUCAGAAUAUAGUGGGAGUUUCGGAUACAUAAAAAUAUCAAAACUACCGGCUCUGAUCGAAGAUUUCUUAAACUUUAGUGAUGACCCCUCGAAAAGUUACUCUUAAUAUUUUGAGAUGAAUCUCAAACCAGACAGAAAUGUUCUCGAGAACAAGACUUAACCGAUUUAAGUCAUAUCUCCUUGAAAUAUCAACUCCGAAUCAAAACAGGUUGAGAUGCGUAGCGCUGAAGUAGCUGUCAACAGCUCGUGUUAAGGAAUUAAAGAACUGGAAAUCUGUUAAAACCUUUUAAGAUACGAUUUUGUUUUUAGAUUUCAAGUCGACGUGAGAGGAGAGAGAUAGGUCGUCAAAAUGUAUUGUGACAGCAGCAUUUCAAAGCUUCACCCGUCGAGAAAUAACAAAAGAACCUAUUUUAAUUUUGGCAAGAAAAACACCCAUCAAUCAAUCUAAUUUCUGAAGGUUUUUAUAGGAAGACAAAGUUGUCAAGCCUGUCGACUCGAGUUAUUAGCAAUUCAAAAUCAUUGAUUCUUUAAUUUAAGCCAAAAUCACGUACUGCUUCAAUGAAGCAAUAACGCAAACACCAUGAGCACAGAUAUUUUUUUUUCUGAAAACGGUUCAUUCGUUCCAGCUCAAGAAAACACUGGAAGAAAUUGAUUUCUAAACGGUUAAUUGCUCAAGAGCUAAUCCAGUUAACUGUAUUUAAUAAACAAUUCGCCAGCUCCACCAUUGAACAAUGGUUUUCCCGCCCUCCUCUGCCGAGUUAAUUCAAUGUUUUGAGAGGCGUGAGGGAAAAAAGGCAUUAGGAUACGGGAAGUGGUCAAAGAUCGUUCAAUUACACCAGGAUGGCAAAACGCACACCGGAUUGGCAGCUCACUAAAUGAGAUUAAAACCUUAAUUGGAAUACGCUGUUAACGAACAGAUAGUCAAGGAAAAGGCAAGGCCAAGUUAAAGGGAAUCGUUUUAAGCCCUAUAAAACCUUUGGCUUUGUCUGAAACAUUUCAAUGGCUAUCAUUUUAAUUAACGUACAUGUCAAAGGGGUGACAUCUUUUUAUCACCCUAAAUAAAUUCUCCUCAAACAGUGAAUAAUAACAUGUGUUCUAUGUCAAUUCAGGCGAGUCAUACAUGACGUGUCUCAAGCUCACUCAUUAACCAACCCACACAUUCCUACCUACUCUUUGAUCUGUGUACAGUCAAUAGGCCAGCAGCCAUCUUGAGUAGCGUCCGUCAGGGCUCGCGUUAUGUCUUCUUUUUCCGUGAAGAACAUCCUCAGCUUGCCGGAAUCGUGUCUUCAAAGCUGCUCCAACGCUUCUCCACGGGUUCCUAACAUUUGCCAAGGUGUUAAUCUCUCCCCCGAUCGUUCUACAGGAUCUAAUUGCAUAAUAACGACGAUGCCUCCAUCCGGUCCGCAAAGCCAAGACAACACUUCGGGUAGGUACAGGGUUUGAGUCUAAAUUCUGUUUUUCAUGCCACAAAUUUCCUCUGAGAUUUGUCUGUUUUGAGCGCAGAUGACACAGACAAGCGCUUACUUACCUGUCAGGUUAUGGUGAAUCUCGCACCAGAUUGUUAUUCGAUUUUCGUGACCAAGGACAUGAAAUGUCAUCUUUGUAAGUGAGCGUCAUCUGUAGAGAGACGCAGUGGAAAGAAACAAGCUUAAGAGCAGCGGUUCCAUAUUUUGAUACUUUUUAAGCCACAGGAGAUGAAAGUCGGUGCUAAGCAAAUUAAAGAUAGGCGCGAUUAUGCUGAAAAUCCUAAGAACGCCAAACUGCCAUCAUAAAUUACGAGUUUUUUUUUUCCCUUGUAGUUUUUUAAACUCAUGUAACUCACCUCUUCGGUUCACGCUGCUUUCGAUAGCUUUUCUAAGUAAAGAGUAGAAACUUGUAUAACAUAAGAGUCAUUGACUUCGGCUCCGCCUCGCUGGUAGUUUAAAACCAAAUCACCUCUUAAUCGGUGUUAUCGAAUCUCAUCAAACGCCUUUACCCGCUUUCGUUCGAUUAGGUCCUCGACCACAUCCUGAGAUGAACGAAGACUGUGCAGGGAACGACGUGCUACAGCAAGCUCCAAAAAUCAACAGAGAUGAGUCUAGCGAUGUUCCAAAGAAAAGAAAGCGACGGGUACUCUUCACCAAACACCAAAUCUACGAACUGGAAAGACGAUUUAGAUAUCAGCGCUACUUGUCAGCCCCAGAAAGGGAACAACUGGGACGGAUGAUCAACUUGACGCCAACACAAGUCAAAAUAUGGUUCCAGAAUCAUCGAUACAAGCAAAAGAAGCAAGCAACAGAAGCAGGAGAGUUUAAAGAUUCUCACUCGCUCUAUCCCAGAACUGUGCCGGUGCCUGUUUUAAUCCGCGAAGGUCAGCCAUGUUAUUCGAGUGAUUUUGGCAACUCAGUGGGAAAUUACUACCCAAACCAAUAUCAACCAACAUAUGACUACUCAAACUCUUACGGGAAUUCUUAUUCCUACACAGCACCUAUUUCAUCCAUGAACUCGUCCUGCAUGCAAGCGUACUCAUAUUGUAAAUGGUAAAGAAAGAGCAGUAAUGUUUGAUAAACUGUGGAGGAAUUAUUUCACAAUGAAUGACUAUGCAGUCUUGUUUUGGCCGUUACAAGAUGACAAGCUAAACCAUGGCCAAGAGAGACCAUUGAAACUGUCGAUCAGUCGAGAAAACUCGACAAAUUUUUUUUUCUCCCUCUCUAAAACCCAUUUUCUGUAGUUUUUGGAAGAGAAUCUGUAAAAUAUCUCUAAGUGCCUAACUGUAAUAUUGCCGCAAUUCUAAGAGUUGAACAUUUAAAUCGCAUCAAUUUUGUCAAUUACACUGUCCACGAAAAUUCAAGUCUGAUACUUAUAUAGGGAUAAAACUGUGGCUCCCGUUCGGUGAAGGUGACCAAAUUUCUUUUCCUUUUGUUUGAUCGUGACAUUUUUUGUUAUUAGUAGUUAGAAAAUGACAUUUUGUUUUGCCACUGCCAUUAAUAGAUCUAUUCUUCGAGACUUUCUCUGAGUUACUUCUCAAGUCAGGGGAUGGGUUACAUUUCACAGGAUUAAGUAACAUAAGCAAUGUCUUCGAAAAAAGACCCGCAAAUGGAUACACAGUCUUUCCUUCGAAAUGCUAUCAGACAAUAAAAAGAUAAUGGAGCAGAUUUUUCCAAUGAAGAGACAACCUGCUCAGUUAAAUGAAGAGUAUCAAAGGGCGUGUUUGCUUCAUCGACCUUCAUUUGAAAACAGACAUCUCAUUUAUGUUUUGUAUUCUGGUAGACAAAAAUCCUUAGUGGUUAUUUCUUCUUCUGAAAAAUGCAAUGAGAUGUUUUUACGAUUUCAAAUAAGUAAUAUUAUAGAAGAAGUUUAAAAAUAGGAAAAUAUAGAAUUUUAUGACCAUAUCGUUAUAGAUUAAUUCAUUGAUGAGAUGCGAGUCCUUUAGAAGGAAGACUUUGUGGUCGGUAAACUAAUGUAAUACCUGUGAUUCUACCGAUGUAUUCAUUCUAUUUAUCUUCUAUGCUUUCGUUAAAAAAUUCGUAAAUAAUUUGAUGAUCUGUUCAUCAUCUCCUUUAGUUUAGGAGCACAAGGAUGCAAGACAGUUUUAAUGGCCAAAUGUUUUCCACUCGUGGUCUUUGGUUGCAAACUUUUAUUAACAAUCCACGGGUUGGAAAUUAGCUUCCAGUACACAGAUUCAUCAUCUUAAAGUUGCUACAGAAUUCUUAAUUUAUUUCAUUCUAAAUGUUUUUAUGUGGUGCGUAAAUCUAGAAGGGCACUUCGUCGAACGAGUAGAAUUUAAACUUACCAUCAAGUUUAUGAAUGUGCAAUUAGAAAAAAUCCAUUGUAGUUUGGUUGAUGUAGCUCAGCUUCUCUGUUCAUAUAUAUCAUCUGAUGUACAUAUAUUUACAUCCAUGUUAGUAUGUUACUUUAGAUUCGGAUGAGAGCUCCACAAUAAAACUUCAUUCGUAAGAGAGUAUGCAAGUGUCGGUAGUGUAAUUGCGUGAAAAAAGCAUGGGAAAGGAACAGCUGAC